AUGCCUGGGGCGGGCAAGUCUACGAUUGCAGACGGGCUGCAGGCCCGCGGCUAUGAGGUGGCAAACAUGGGCAACGCCGUAAGGGCAGAGGCCAGAAGGCGGAACCUGGAGCCGACGGGAGAGAAUCUGGGAUCGCUCAUGCUAGAGCUCCGGGAGAGGAACGGGCCUGGGGCGGUGGCCAUGCUGAUAGCGCCCCAGAUCCGGAAGGCCGGAACAGAUACAGUCAUAGUGGAUGGAAUUCGAUCCAACGCCGAGAUCGAGGUGCUCCGGAGGCUUGGCAACGUCAGGAUUCUCUCGGUUCACGCGUCCACAGACACCCGCUUUGGCUUUCUUACCAGGCGCAGAAGAGCAGACGAUCCCAAGACUCGUGCGGGCUUUCAGAAUAGGGACGACAGGGAGCUGGGGGUAGGCAUCAGCACUUCCAUUGCGCUGGCAGACGAGACCGUCUCAAACAACAACAUGAGCGUCGACGGGCUGGUCGAGAUGGUUCACGGCAUAAUUUUACGCUGGGUGAGACGGGAUGAGGAUGCCAGAGUGUAG